AGAAGACAAUCCAGCAUGUCAUUGACAAUCUUCAAAUAUCAACACUUGAAUACCGGAACGAAAGUGAACCGGAUGUACAGCCUUAUGUGCACGAUAGAAAGAUAGAACUAAUUCAGGUAUCAAUGGGUGAUGAAGCGAUCGAUAUAGAUAGUCUGCUUUUGGAAGUUGGACGUCCAUAUCAUGCCCAACUUUGCUCUUUUGGGCUGCUUCCUAAGAGACACAUCAAGACAUUGAGCCCCUGUGAUUUUCUAAGAUCAAAGGAGACAUUUUGCAAAAAGCCGCCUGCAAGUGUUCCUCUAUCAAGGCAUGGUGAAUUCAUGGGUUAUUUUUCUGCUAUUGUUACAUUGCACCAUCUCAGGAAAUUGCUUUCAAGCCCAUGGUAUAAGGCCUGCAUUUGAGUUGCUUGAUGAAAAAUUGAAAAAGGGGUGGUUUGCACGAAAGGUAAAAGAUCCAAAAAACUCCAGGGUGAUAAUUUUUUCAAAUUUCAGGGGUAGUGUCAGGGACAUACUUGAUGCACUUAAACACAUUGGGGAAUCUGUUAAAGCUAGAGAGUUCAUUGGACAAAAUGCGGGAAAAAACUCAAAAGGACAAUCACAAAAAAUUCAACAAGCAGUUUUAGAGAAAUUUCGGACAGGCGGGUACAAUGUCAUUGUUGCAACUUCAAUCGGCGAGGAAGGUCUUGAUAUCAUGGAAGUUGAUCUUGUCAUAUGCUUUGAUGCUAAUAUCUCACCUUUGAGGAUGAUUCAACGCAUGGGGCGAACCGGGAGGAACCAGGAAGGACGAGUUGAUAUCCUUUUCUAUCUGUGUCUCUCGUAUGUAGAUCUUACUUGUUACAUCGUAUUUUCAAAUCACCUUAAAUCCUUUUCAUAAGCAAUUUCCUUAACUAGCUCACUACCUAUAUGGUUUUCUUGUUUGGAAUGUUCUAGAUUCAGAGGGUGUUGAGUUCGGUUGAUCACUGAAUUGCUCAAGGCAUGAGACUCAGUUACACAACGGCUACUUACUCAAGAGUUUGUUAAAAGUUGGUUGUGAAGAUGAACGGCUGAGAUGUGGAGCGAGAAGUGAAGGAAUCGGAGCCGUUCAAUACAUAUAUAAUAGAGAGUUUCUGUUAAAAGAAGAGAAGAGAAGAAACCGUGAGAUACAAGAGAAGAGAGAGUUUAUUCACCAUGUCAAGAUCCUUGAGAGUUCUUUGAGUGUGUGAGGUUCACAUCGAGUUUUGUGAGAGUUAUCUUCUUUGUACUGUGUAUUCGUAGUUACGCACGGAUUGUCUUUUCUUCUUCAUCUUGUAAACCCGUGGGGAAGGAAUAAGAUCAAGAGCACUUCCCGUGGAUGUAGACU